AUGUUCCAGGUUUUCUCAACACUCUGGCAGUCAAGCUGUGCCAUGCCACCCCGAUUGGUUCUCCUGUUGCCUGUGAUCUGUCAACUUACAGAGUCUGCAUGGGUCAGAGGCUCUGUCGAGGUCCCAGCUGGUGGCAUUGUCUUUCUAUCCAAAUUUUGUUUUGAUUGGAAGGAGGAUGCAAAUACUCGGCAUCCUGUGGGCAAAUUGCAGGCCACGCUGCACUGUGCCAAUCCAGGAGAUGGAACCCUCAAAUUUGUUUUGUUGGAUGACCAAGCCACGUCGUAUCCGGACAGCUCUGCCUUUUGGGGCUUCGGCUGCGACUCCGACAGGCUCAAAGCUGCAGCUCGUUGGACAGACGUCAUCAAUGUGUCCACCUUGGUUUCAGGCAAAGCGCCCAAAGCAGAAAUCUUCGAGACCCAUCGGCCACGGUGGUGGUAUGCUGCAAUUGUGGACUGUUCUGGCUAUGCAAGAACAAUUGAUUACACAGUGCAUAUGAUCAAUGUACACCUCGGUUUUCUGGAAGAAUUCUCCAUGGAUCGAAUUGGACCCGGUGGCGUCUACUUCUUCAUGGCCUUGUAUGCUCUUCUCGCUGCUUGCCAAAUGGCUGCUGUUCUGAAAAGGAGCACAAGUGCCAAGACACAGCAUCCGAUUCGGAUUCUGCUCACUGCAUGCGUCGGCGCUGCAGCAGUUGGAACUUUGUCGACUCUGAUAAACACCCUGUGGUAUGCUUACCAUGGAGAAGACCAAGCCAAUUUUUACCUGGCAGCCAAACUGCUGAAAGCAGGAUCCAAGUACAUGUUACUCGCCAUUCUGCUCCUUCUCUCCCGUGGAAGAUGUAUUUCAGUACCGCUUUAUGCUCGUGAUAUUUGGCAAGCAACUCGCAUCUUGCUUCCAAUGUACUUAUCGAGCAUUUGUUUGGAGGUGUGGGGAGAGUACGCCCAGUCCAGGAACUACACCACCGAUUUCGUGUACAAGACCCCAAUGGGUCUUUUGAUCAUUUGCAUUGAUGUUGGGAUUUUCGCUCUCUACUUGCGGAACUUAUGCAGCUCCUGGCGUGCUGAGACUGAUGCCAUCCGGCAGAGCUUCUAUCGCUGUUACGGCUUGAUCUACUCGGGCGCCUUCCUGUCGCUACCGGUUUCUGUCAUCAUCGUCCAAAGCUUUGCACCAUGGGUUCGCUCAGAAGUGAUUUUUAUAGUGUCCAAUGCAGCACAUUGUAUCUUUCUAGCACUACUCAUUGUUGGCCUUUGGCCUGACUAUGCGCAGCCCUUCUUCUGCAUCGAUCAGCCAUCCGCGUUGGCACAGACCUUUGGAGUCAAGACAGAGUUGCUCGAUGAAGGUCAGGAGCUGUGGCAACCACCCAGCUUGAACGGAGAUCUCGAGUUGAGGGCUGCGGUAUGAGGGUGACCUCCGCGCAGCUCAAAUACCCAUCCGGUUUCACGGUUUUGGUCGACCCAAACCCAGAGUCACAGUCGCAUCUCGCAGAUUUCGCAGAAAAAGGA